AUUUACCAACACAUUAUUCCUAGAUGAAUUAGGUAUAUAAUAAUAUCCUGCUCCAUGUCACAAGGUUUUGAAAAGUAAAGCAGAACAUCAACAGCAAAAAAUCUUACCUGUUUACCCAACAUUCUCAGAAUAUUAUAAUGCUGCAAACCAUUCCAAAAAAUCAACAACCUUUACCUUGCUCAGCAAGAACCUGAUGAAGUCCUUCUGAAGCCACGCCCACUGUGUGUGCCGCUCUAUUUAAACACUGCCCAAACCCAGGAGCGUUAUUCUGAACUCUGUGCUAAUUAACAGAGAGCCGAGGUGUCUGUGUUCCUGACAAACAUGUCUGUGAUUAGCCUGCUCCUAGCACACACCUCCACGGUGUCUCUGGCUUUAGUUUUAACUGGUUUUAUAUUUUUAUACUUUUACUGGAAAUCCUCCAAGUCGUCUAAUUACAGCUUCCCCCCCGGCCCGCCGGCUCUACCUGUUAUUGGGAACCUGAACAUUCUGGACCUGCACCGGCCGUACAAAACGCUGAGUAAGCUCUCAGAGACGUACGGCAAUGUGUUCACCUUCCACAUGGGUCCCAAGAAGUACGUAGUUUUGACAGGCUAUGAGGCGGUCAAGGAGGCUCUAGUAACCCAAGCAGAUGACUUCUCAGAGAGAGGCCAGACGCACAUUACAGAUAAUCUCUCUAGAGGUGGAAAAGGUAUUAUCUUCGGUAAGGGGGAGUCCUGGAGGGUGAUGCGUCGAUUCACCCUCUCCACGCUGCGGGACUUUGGGAUGGGGAAGAAGACCAUUGAGGACCGGAUCAUCGAGGAGUCCCAGAGACUGGUGGAGGUCUUCCAGUCCCACAGAGGAAAACCCUUUGACCCCCAUAUCAUCAUCAACUCUGCUGUCUCCAACAUCAUCUGCUCCAUCGUGUUCGGAGACCGUUUCGACUACAGCGACGCACAGUUCCUGAAUCUGCAAAGCGUUCUAAACAAGAAUGUCAGUCUGAUUGUGAGCCCCAAGACACAGCUGUGUGACAUGUUUCCUUUCCUGGGCUUCUUCCUGUCUGAUCACAAGAAAGCAAAUACAAAUCAAACAAUGUUGCUGGGGUACUUUAGAAACACAUAUAAGGAUCGUAAAGACACUGUGGACAGCAAUGACCUGAGGAGCUUCAUCGACACGUUCAUCUCCAGGCAGAGAGAAGAGGAGCCUAGAAAAUCCAUGAAGUAUUUCCAUGAGGAUAACGUGGCAGCCACAGCAGUGGACCUGUUCGCUGCAGGGACUGAGACCACCUCUACCACCCUGCGCUGGGGGCUGCUGCUCAUGAUGAAGUACCCACACAUUCAGGACAAAGUACACAAGGAGAUUGAGAGUGUGAUUGGGAGGGAGCGCCCCCCGCAGGCCGAGGACAGGAAGAGCAUGCCCUACAUGGAUGCUGUGUUGCAUGAGAUCCAGAGAGUAGGCAACGUGGUGCCCAUGAAUCUGCUGCACGAGACCACAGGGGACACCACCUUCCGGGGGUACAGGAUACCCAAGGGUACCCCGGUGAUCCCGUUGCUCUCCUCCGUGCUCUCUGAUAAGACACAGUGGGAGACCCCUCACCAGUUCAACCCCAACCACUUCCUGGAUGCGCAGGGCAAGUUUGUCAAGAGAGACGCCUUCAUGCCCUUCUCAGCAGGUCGGAGGGUGUGUCUUGGAGAGACCCUUGCCAAGAUGGAGCUCUUCCUCUUCUUCACCAUGCUCCUGCAGAAGUUUCACUUCCGCCCGCCCCAGGAGGUCAGCCCGGAGCAACUGGACCUCACCCCCACCCCUGGAAUCACCUCCGGCCCCCAGCCCUUCCAACUGUGCGCCCUGAGCCACUGAGAGACCCUGUGACACUGCGACCCUGCCUUACUGCAUCUGCUAGACCUUACUGCAGCCACUGACCCCUCACCCUGGACGCUAUUGAAAUGAGGGAGUCAGUUCAUUACAAUUUUUGAUCGGUUAACUUAUUGGCAUUAGAAAACGGUUCAGUACCGUUGGCCAAUCAGCUUCUAGUUCUAGCGGGCUCUAAUAGACAGUAGAUGCCCUCUGGAACGUCUCAACGCCAACUCAGAAUCAAAUUUAAAAUGAAUCGACGCAAGUGGUGGCUUUUUUCUUUUUGACUUGCUGUAUUUUUAAGUGUAGUAAACAUCUAUUGGACAGUAAAUACUAAACAAAGACGUAAUUGGUCAAAAUGAAUUUUAUUAUCCAUCAAAACCAGCCAAUCAAUACUUUGUAUUGACAAAAGCAACCAAUCUUGGACCUGCAACUGCAGAGAGCCAAUCACAGCAUCUUUCAACAACAACAAAGCGAGAUGCGGACAGUUCAGUAAUAUUGCUCCAUUCAUAUAUAGAUUCAGCAGAGAAAGGCUUUAGCUGAAGGUAGAAACAUGGUGA